AUGACAUUUAAAGAUAUUGCUGAAGCUAGGAAAGUUAUAAAUAUGUAUACACUUGCAAAUGGUUAUGGGUUAGAGCAAGUUAAAAGUGACCCAACUAGGCUUAGGUACAUUUGUCAAGCUGGCUGCCGUUUUGUAUGCCACAUAUCUAGGAAUACUUCGGGGGGUGGGGCUGAAUUCAGGACUUUACAUUCUGAGCACACUUGUGAACCUGCAUAUGAGAAUCAUAGGGUUAAUGCCAAGACCAUUGCUGAAUACUUCAAGAGAGGGUUACAAGAAAAUCCAACCAUUAAGGUUAAAGAGAUGAGGGCAAGCUUGAAGGCCGCAUUUAAUGUAAAUGUUAGUGAGUCAAAGUGUAAGAGGGCAAAAAAAUUGAUUUUGGAGAAUCUGGAAGCUAGUUUUACUGAUGAGUAUAAUAAGUUGGUUGCAUAUGUUAAUGAAUUGAAGUGUAGUAAUCCUGGAAGUGAUGUAGUAGUUAACUUAUCAAAGAAUGCUCUUGCUGAAGGCAAGAAAAGGUUCCUAAGGAUGUAUAUAUGUUUUCAUGCAAUGAAGAUGGGGUUUAAGAGUGGGUUGAGGCCCUUUAUAGGGUUGGAUGGAACUUUUUUGAAAGGGAAAGUUAAGGGUCACCUGUUGGUGGCAGUCGGUCAAGACUCUGCAAACCACUUUUAUCCAUUAGCUUGGGCUAUUGUGGAUAAAGAAACAAAAGUCACAUGGAAGUGGUUUUUAACUCUUCUGCAAAUGUCUUUGGACCUUAAGAUGGGUGAAGGAAUCACUUUCAUCUCAGAUAUGCAAAAGGGGCUAAUUGACUCAAUCUCAGGAGUGCUUCCUGAAGCACACCACAGAUAUUGUGUUAGACACAUAGAAGCAAAUUGGUGCAAGAGAUGGGGAUAUGGGGAAUAUAAGAAAUAUAUGUGGUGGGCAGCUUGGAGUACCUAUGAGGAGGACUUCCAAGAUCAGUUGAAGAGUAUGAGCCAAGUGGAUGAUGAUGGUAAAGCUGCUGUUGAAGAUUUGUUAAGGUAUCCACCUACCUGCUGGAGUAGGGCCUUCUUUGAUACUACAUGCAAGAACCAGUCAAUUGAUAAUAACUUGACUGAGUCCUUCAAUGCAUGGAUACUGCAAGCUAGACAGAAGCCAAAUAUAAAGAUGUUAGAGGAGAUAAGAAUCAAGGUUAUGAAUAUGUUGAAUGAUAAUGAAGCCGAAGUUAUGGGGUGGGAAGGUGAGUACAGUCCUAAGACUCUAAACUUGUAUAACCAAUUUAUGAGGAUUGCACAAAAAUGCCAUGUGAAUGGCAGUGCUGACCAAGGUUAUGAGGUGACAGAAGGUAGUGAUAGGUAUAUUGUCAAUCUGGGGGCAAAAAAAUGCACUUGCAGGACAUGGGACCUUUGUGGAAUCCCAUGUCCUCAUGCAAUUUGUGCCCUCUUGUACAAGAAGCAAGAUCCUUUGAGUGAGAUUCACUGGUUUCUUUCAAAAGAGGUAUAUCUCCAGACUUAUUCUCAUAAGUUGCAACCUGUGAGAGGAGAAAAGUUCUGGAAGAUAGAGCCCUCUCAGAAAAUGGACCCACCUGAAUUUGUAAGGCAAGCUGACAGACCAAAAGUAAAAAGAACAAGAGAGGCAAAUGAGUCAACCAAUAGGCAAGGGCAAUGGUCUCAAUCCAGAAAAGGGAGAGUCAUGACAUGUAAUAACUGUGGAGAAGCUGGACAUAAUGCUAGGGGUUGUGCCAAGCACUCUAAAGGAAAACAACCAAUGGGUGGAAAUUCAAGGAGAAAGCAGAACAAAAAGCAAAGAACUUUGGUUGAUGAACCUGUUGCUGAACAGCCUACAUCACCAGCAGCUGGAUGUCUCCUAACUGAAGAUGACUUCCAUUUAUCAGCACCCCAGCCAAGUCAAAACAGUCAGUCCAACAACUUUGUGUUUAUGCCAACCCUUACUGUUCAACAGCAACUUCCAACUAGCAAUGAUCCAGAUUUUGAGAUCCCUAACUUUGAACCUGAGCCUGACAUAGCUGUAAGGCAAAAGAGCAUCUCAGAAGCAACGACAAGACUCCAGCUGAGGCAGCAAAGUAUACCAAUUGCAACUAGGCAAAUUGGAUUUGUUGGUGAUUCAAGUGGUGCAAGUCAGCCUUCAAAGCUUACUUUCUCAGCAAAAGGCCUAACAUGGCUGGGAAAAUCUGCCAUCACUGGAAAUCAGUUGAACAAGCAAAGGUUGAAGAAGUUGAAUGCAAGAAAGGGUAGUGGUAAAGAGCAAAAAGGUUGAAGAAGUUGCUUCAAGCAUUGAACAUUUGUAAAUUUUUGGAUGUGUUGUAAUUACUGCCAUGUCAGUAAACUUUAUAUUUUGGUUGUGGUUGUUUAGUUGUGACAAUUGGAUGCCAUGAUAUAGCUAGGUGUUAGACAUCUUUUUGGGGUUAUAAUAUGGUAUCCGACUGUCUUAUAAACUCACUUUAUGAAUGUUGAUAG